CUCCCUCCACCAAUCAUGGCAUUGCCUCAUCGCCCACACGCAAGCUGUGUUAAGCCACGGCACCUUUUUUCUCUCGCUAAAAUUCCCUUCCAUCAUCCCCUUCAAACGUCCACUGAACCUCCUUCCCCCAUGUCACUAGCCUUUACUUAUUCAUUCAUACUCAUUCUUUAACUCUCUCCAACUAAAAUUGAUUCCAAAUGUCACCAACCGCGCCCCGCUAAACGCUUUAAGUAUAACUUCCUUGUUAGAUAUUCCUUGUUCCUUGUUUACCGAGUUUUAACAUUAGUACAGUACUAUUGUGUGGUUACUGGUGACGGCAGUUGAUAAUACAUUAUUACACGCUGCCCGCCCCCCUCCUGCAUCCUCAGUUCUCACGCUGACGCUCUAGUGAACGGACAUACUGUGUGACACUAUCUCCUACCACGUGCAUCAACCAUUGCCACUAUGUCCAAGAGGCCAGCCACUACAUCAUUAACUACCCCAAAGACCAAGAAAUCAAGGCAAGCAAUUACACUGGAGCAGAAAAUCAAGGUCUUGGAAGCACUGCAGUGUGGAAAUGGUGCUUCAAGUGUGGGGCGCCAAUUUGAACUGUCGGAGAGCUCUGUCCGCACUAUCAAGCUCAACGAGAAGAAAAUUAGAGCAGCCUAUGCUUCACCAGAUGUUGCCAAGGGUAAACUCCACUUGAAGUCUGCUAUGUAUGUUGAGAUGGAAGAUGCACUGAAGUUAUGGGUAGAAGACAUGCAGCGCCGAAAACUUUCUUUCACUGGCCCCAUGCUGCAAAACCAAGCCUACAAAAUACAGUCUCGGAUACUUGAAAAGGAAGGGAAGUCCAUCAAAGACAGUAAGUUCACAGCAAGUACAGGCUGGCUGUACAAAUUUAUCAAAAGGACGGGGCUAAGGAAAUCGACGCUUUCAGGUGAAGCUGGAUCUGCCGACGCGGAGGCUGCUGAGGAUAUGAAGAAAGUUCUGAAGGAUAUAGUGGAAGAAAAUGGUUAUUCUCCUUGCCAAGUGUGGAAUUGUGAUGAAACUGGAUUGUAUUGGAAAAGAAUGCCCAAGAAAACCUAUCUAAUGAAGAAUGAAGAAAAGACACCUGGGUUCAAGGUCAGCAAGGACAGACUGACGAUUCUCCUCAUGGCCAACGCAUCAGGCACCUCACGAAUGAAACCACUCGUCAUCCACCACUCGGCUAGACCUCGUGCCUUGAAAAAUUUGCUCAUCCCGAAACUUCCUGUAUUUUGGCGAUCAAACAAGAAGGCGUGGAUGACUUCUGAUAUUUUCGAUGAGUGGUACAUCAGCCAUGCCACCCCAUUCAUUGAAAAUGUUAACAAAAAACUGAACCUUAGCAACAAGGCCUUGAUUCUCAUGGACAACGCAUCUUGCCACUCCAAACACCUGUGCAGUGUGAAUAAGGACAUAAACUUGACCUUCUUCCCUCCAAACGUGACUUCACCCAUUCAGCCACUAGAUCAAGGAGUUAUUGCAUUGUUCAAGAGAUAUUAUCUCAAGUUUACCAUGAAGCAAAUGGCUGAAGUUAUGAGCAAGGACAAGAAUAUGACUGCAGCAACGUUUUGGAAGAGCUACACCAUUGAAGAUGCCAUAGCUAACAUCGCAGUUGCGUGGAAAAGUGUGCCAGAAAGUGCACUAAAUGGAGUGUGGCGUAAUUUGUGGCCUCAGGUAGUCCAUGAUUUCAAGGGCUUUGAUGAAGACAAGGACGUGAAAGACAUUCUGAAGCUCGGUAAGGAAGUGAGAGGUGAUUCAGGAUUUCAAGAAAUCCAAGAAGAGGAUGUGAAUGAACUGCUUGUCAGCAUGGAGGAGCCUCUCACUUCUGAAGAAGUCUUGGAGAUGGUGGAGAUGGCGAAGAAUCACAAGGAAGAAGAGGAAGCAACAAAUGAGCCCCAAACAGUGAGGAAGGAUCUGACAAUUCCUAAGCUGAGGGAGUUCAUGCAGCACGUCACUUCUGCCACUCAGUCUGCACUGCAACAAGACCCUGAUAUGGAAUGCAGUAUGCAAGUGGUGGAGGCGUUGAAUCGGGCUGCAUCUACGUGCUCUCAGCUGCUAGAUCAGAUGGUUAUGGCCCAGCAACAGAAGAAAAUCACCUCAUUCUUCCCUCCAUUUUCCUCAUCAGCUCCUGGGGUAGCUGGCCCGUCUACUUCUGGGCAGACACAGCCGUCAUCCAAUCCUGUUAAGUUUGAUGAUAUUGACAUUGAAUAUGAAGAAAUCCCCAAGUCUCCACCCGAUGCAUCACUGGAUUCUGACCCAGUUCCUUCCACAUCCAACACUGCCACACCCACAGUUAACGAAUCAGAACUACAUCACAUCCAGUACAGGGAUCAUGUCUCAACAAUAUUGGCAGCCCUUGCUGAGGAUGAAGCAUUUAUGGAUGUGACUCUUAUUGCUGAGGGCAAGCCCCUCAAAGCUCAUAAGUCUGUGCUGUCAGCGAUGAGUCGCUACUUUCGUGGUGUGUUACAAGAUAAUCCCUGUCAACACCCAAUCGUCAUUAUGCCUCACGAUGUGCUCUAUGAAGAUCUUGUCAGCAUUAUUACUUAUAUAUACAAGGGUGAAAUUUCUGUUGCAGUGGAGAAGGUGGCAUCAGUACUAACUGUUGCUAAAGUUCUUCAGAUUCAUGGAAUGACUUCAUCUGACCGUGUCUCUAUGGAUGGACAUAAUGAAGGCUCUUCUGUAGUUGGCACAGCUAUUCCUCAUACAAGUUCCUCAGCAAUGUACAAUAUCCAUAAUGUCGCAUUACCAAAAACUGAACCUUUAGAAGGAGUUAUAUCCCAAAAUGCUAUCCAGAAUAAUGUAACUCAUUUUAGAUGUAAUAGUUACUUGGAAACACCAGUGGGAUGGCAACAGCGUAAUGUUUCCACAAUAAAAAAUCAAAAUAAUUUACCCAUAUCACAAAAUGUCAGCUGUCCUUUAAAGUUAACAAACAAUGAAAAUACAUUAUCAUUGAAGAUUCCCCGCAAAUUGACACGCUCCCAGAAUGUUUCUUCAGCAAAGACCAAUUCACCAUUAAAGGUUCCUCGCACAUUGACAAGUUCCCAGAAUGUUUAUUCAACAAAGACCAAUUCAUCCAACAUAAUGUAUGAUGCUUCCUCAGUAAUUGGUGUUCAGUUGAAGUUAUCAGACAAUACUCCAGUGUUCUCCAAAGCAGUGCCUUGUACAGCAUAUACUGAACCAAUAGCAACUGUAACAUCAGUGAGAGAUCCACAGCCUAGUGGCAGCAUGAAUAUGGAAAUUCAUUUGGUAGACCUUGGAAGUGUUAAAGAGGAACUCAUCGAUAUAGAUGAAGAAGAAUUAUAAAUUCAUUCACCGAGGAAUGCCUACCAGAGUCCAGACACUUUGAGGCUAUGCAAGGACACCUGGUAUUAAUGGUAUUACUGUACACUACAUCCUUGACCACCGAAGGGUCAAGACGUACCUGGCGCUCCUCUCGGAGCAGCUAGGUCAACUGUUAAGUUGGCCCAUACCAACUCCCUCCACUGAACCCUCCCCCCCACCAGA